AUGGAGCCCUCCCGAGCCCCACCGCCCCCCGAGCUGGAAUUUGGGGGGCCCUGGGGCGUGGGGGCUCUGACCCUGCUGCUGCCGCUGGGGCUCGUGGCGAUCGUGAGCACCUGCGUGGGGGAGGGGCAGGGCAGCGGGACCCCCCCCCUCGCCCUGCCCACCCCCCCCACCCUCGCACUCGUCGUCGCCUGGGUGGGCGCGCACGGGCUCGGGAGCUGCUGGAGACCCCCGAGGACCCCCGGUGACACUCCAGGACCCCUCCGGGACCUCGGCUGGCUCUUGGCGCUGGGGGGGGCCCUGGGCGGGGCGCUGGCCCUGGGGGUCCCCCUGCCCCCCCUGUGCCCCCUCCUCCCCCCUCUGGCGGCGGCCGCAUCCAGCGUCGCCUUCGGCCUCGGGCUCGUCCUCCUCGCUCGGCGGCGACUGCGGGGGGGGGGCAGUGGACACCCCGUGUACGAAUUCUUCGUGGGGGGAGAGCUGGGGUCCCCGCUGGAGCCCCCCGAGAGUCUGCACUGGGAGCGGGUCGGGCUCUGCGCCUGGGUGCUGGUGCUGGCAGCGGCUCUGGGGGAACAGCAGCGGCUCUGGGGGUCCCCGUCGCUGCCUCUCACGCUCGUGGUGGUUGCUCAGGGGGUCCCGGUGCUGCGACGCCUCAGGGAGCUGAGUGGGAAUUCCCCCCCUAGCCCUGGGGGGUUCCUGGGGGUCUUCGGGGCUCUGGCCUGGGACCCUUUCGGGGGUCCCCUCCCAGCGCUGCUGCUCCUGCGGAGACCCCAAAAUGGGCUGGGGGGAGCUGGGGGGGCCGCCUGUGGGGGGCUCUACGCCCUGGGGUUGUGGAUCUUCCACGGCGCCACCACCCAGAGGAAACUCUUCAGCCGGGACCCUCAAGACCCCCGAGUGGCUGGUCUCCCCACAGUCCCCACGGCCACAGGGCACGUGCUGCUGGCAGGGGGCUGGUGGGGGCUCGUGCGCCGCCCCGAUGACCUCGGGGAGCUGCUGAUGGCACUGGGCUGGACCCUUCCCUGCGGUCUGUCCCCACCCCUGCUGCUGCUCCUGGCAGGGGCUGCGCUCCGGGAGCUCCGAGCAGUCGUGGGGGAGCGGCGGCAGCAGCGCCGGUUUGGGGGGGCCUGGGGGGGUCUGUGCCAGCGUGUCCCACGCCGACUGCUGCCCCUCGUCUACUGAGGGCUCCUCCGGGACCCCCUGGCGACCCCCAAGAUCGUGGAGGGAUAAACUGGCCUCACUGAAACGAUUUCCCUGCCAUCAACUACUCCCUAUUUUCUGUGUGUUCACGUGACCUGAUCACGUCUUACCUGUGUGUGAUUUCUCCUUCCAUAGACCUUGUAUCUCCACGUCCUGUAUCAGACUUAGCCUUGGCAUGCUACACAAUGUAUGGCUGUAAAUAUAUUGUACAGCACCUUUAUACAGAUCUCUGAGGUUCUGACUAAAGAGACACCUGUAUGUUGCUCGUUAUUUUUAAUAUAGAUAUUAGAAACAAUCUCCAGUUCAUGGCCUGUUGGUUGUGCCUGGUCUAAACCAGGCUCUCGGUUGCCUUUCAGGGCUACGAUCCAGGUUUUACUCACAGACAUGCCACACUUUGGGGAAAAAAACAAAAGAAAAACAACAAUUUAGUAUUGAAAGUCCUUGAGCCAGGGUUCUAAGUGGUGGAUCUGGGAGAAUUCCUACUCUGUUUGGAACUUUAGCAGGCAGAAGCCCAGUCCCUGGAACACAG